UUGCCAUUCAAGUGCGGUUUCUGUUCUCACUGUAGUAGGCUACCUUUCCAGUUUUAGUUUUCAUGGUUUGACUGCCAGAAGCCUAGGGUGGCGAUAAUUAUUUUCUCCAGCAGAGCAAUAAGUUUGUAGGAGUUGCUUCAACCGUGAAAUCAGUCACAGGUUGCACUGUUUUGGAACGCCUAGAGCGAGGAUCUUUGGCAAGAGAGCGCGCCACUGUCGCUGUAGGACCGGCUAACACCCGGCUAACAUUGUGCGUUGACGUCGCGUCGUCAAAAACGUGGACAUAAUAAUAGAGCUUGAGUGCCUGAAUUUCAAUCAUCCUUGACCGACUGUACGUGCAGAUUGCGUUUAGUGUUCCAUGGUCACGGAAUAGUCAUGAAGGUUGCAGAGACCAGGGGAGCACAUAAGUGCGCUGAAAAAAUGGAGAGAGAAGCGACAUCUUUGAAGCGGCGAUAUUGCUGCACAACAGUCAUGAACAUUAUCUCGUCUUUAUUAUCUGUGGCGUCCCUUGCCUUUUGUAUAUUAUUAAGUCUGCAAACAUCAGAGAUCAAGGACAGGGUCCUGGAUUUGGAAACUAGACUUGGCGAGCACGUCUUUCACCGGGUCCCCGGCUUUUCGGUGGAUCAGUUUAAUUCAUUGAUUCAAGAGAGAGUGGAUGAGCUCCUGUCACAACGCUCUUAUGAACAUUUCGCCAAGAUACGGAUUGCCCGACAAGUUAGCCCUAGUCCUGAUUGCAACUGUCCCCCAGGCUCGCCAGGAAAGCGGGGAAGAAGAGGCCGGAAUGGUGAACCUGGUAAGUGUGCUCACUCACAGAUCACUCGUAAUCCAGUGGAGAUUUACCCUCCACCAGAGUACGAAUUACAGUUUUUCCACCUUUAAAAGUUGCAGCAUACUGCGGCUCAGCUUGCAUAGUGCCGCAGAAUUCUAUGGCACGUUAUUUAAGUGUGAACCACUGGUACCAUUAAUGCUAGUUAGUGCUAGUUUGACCACCAGAGGGCAUCUUUGAGAAGAAUUUGGUAGCCUUCAAUAAUGGCUGUACUAGAGAUUGCGGGCACGCGGGAGACCGGGUUCAAUUCACCGACGGGGAGGAAGGAGUAGUAAAUAAGAAUUUGUUCUUAAUGUACUUAACUGACUUGCCUUGUUAAAUAAAGGUUACACUAAGAGCAUAACAUUUCAACACCCUAAUUUUCUAAUUCUAAUACCUAAACGGAGACUUUCUGAAAAUAAAAAUCUCAUUGAUUUAUCAAGACCAGUCCCCAUGUUUGUCUCAGAGAAACGCGA